CCUCACUGUCAGUGCAGAGCCCAAUGCAGGGCCCCGUCUCACCACCCUGGGAUAAUGACCUGAGCUGAAAUCAAGAGUCAGUCGUUUAACCGACUUAGCCACCCAGGCGCCCCUCACAAGCAAGCUAUUGUAUCCAUACCGGUUUUGAGGCUUCCAAACAAAGAAUCUUGAGUUCAUUAUGAGAUCCAUCAUAAUGAUAGCUAUCACUUUUAUAGCAGUUAUGUGCUAAGCACUGUUUGGGCACUUUCCAUGUAUUAACCUACUUGUUUCCCCAACAAUCCUAUGAGGUAGAGAUUUGUCAUUAUACUCAUUGUACAAAUAAAACGGAUGCAGAAGGAGCUUAAGUAAUUUGCCUGAAGCCAGAGAGUAAAUAGCAGAGAUGCGCCCCAGAUUCCAUUGCUCUUAACCAACCACCUGCGAGACUGUCAAGGCUGAAUUAAAACAUUUCAAAGAAUGCCUGACCCCUCACUUUAAGGAAAUAAUAGUGUUUUCAAGGCGUCUACACUCUGGAUAGUUUUCCUCUUGUACCAAGCCAAAAACUAGUGCCACCCUUCCAGGCGUCUUCAUUUCUAUCUUCCUUUCCAGUCUGGCUUCAAGUCCUUCUAUUUUCUCCACCGCCCGGCCGGAGGCUUUAGUUUUGGAAGUAACCGUCUCCCAGGUGGAGUUGUUCUAAAUUUCUGACGGCCAAUAGGCGCCGAGGCGCCUCGGAUCCAGCCCAAUGAGGCUCAAAGCUGAGCCAUGGGAGGGGCCAGCGAAGGGGGCGGGAACGGAGCCCCCCUAGGUGGUGCCUACUGUGUGCGGCGCCAGCUUCCCUGCGCGGAGCCAUGAGCUGGACCUGCCCGCGUUGCCAGCAACCCGUUUUCUUCGCGGAGAAGGUGAGCUCCCUGGGCAAGAACUGGCAUCGCUUCUGCCUGAAAUGUGAGCGCUGCCACAGCGUCCUGUCCCCAGGAGGGCAUGCAGAGCACAACGGGAGGCCGUAUUGCCACAAGCCAUGCUAUGGGGCUCUCUUCGGACCCAGGGGUAAGUACCAGCCUAGAAGAGGCCAGGGGACAGCAGGACCUUCCUUGUGGCUGGGAGCUGGAGACUCAAGGCUGACUGCCCCUGUUUUCUCUGCAGGGGUGAACAUUGGUGGUGUGGGCUCCUACCUCUACAACUCCCCCACUCCCACCCCUGCCAGCACCACUCCCCUCAGCCCCAGCAGCUUUAGCCCCCCCAGGCCCAGGACUGGCCUCCCCCAGGGCAAGAAAAGCCAUCCCCACAUGAAGACAUUUACUGGAGAGACUUCACUGUGCCCUGGCUGCGAAGAACCUGUCUAUUUUGCUGAGAAGGUGAUGUCUUUGGGCAGAAAUUGGCACCGACCCUGUCUGAGGUGCCAGCGCUGCCGGAAGACCCUUACUGCUGGGAGUCAUGCUGAGCAUGACGGCGUCCCCUACUGCCACAUCCCCUGCUACGGCUACCUGUUUGGCCCCAAAGGUGUGAACAUUGGUGAUGUGGGCUGCUACAUCUAUGACCCUGUGGAGAUAAAAUCCAAAUGAGAUGCUCACAGGAGAGGUCACUCUAACUCGGACCUCACCCAUUCCCUCCAUGGUCCUACUGGAAGCUACAGAAUUCUUCAGUCCCUCAGGGGGAAGGUGGGCUUCAGGUGGCCUGGGCCUAGGCUCUAUGGUAGACCAGGGAGUCUAGACAUUCUCUGCCAAUUCCUGCCUUUCCCAUUUCUAUCUGGUCAGGGGAACUAGGCUACCACAUUUUAAAGGGUAGCCUCCUGGCCUUCCCAAUCCCUUUCCCUAGCAAAUUCGAUAACUUCAACGUACUUAUAAAAUGUGUUUAUUUUGGCUUCUCCAAUAAAAUGUUGG